UUCCUUUUGUCACCUGCCCCUGCAGGCCAAGAUGAAGCUCAUCAUCCUGGACCACUAUUCUCAGGCCAGUGAGUGGGCGGCCAAGUACAUCAGGAACCGCAUCAUCCAGUUUAACUCAGGGCCAGACAAGUACUUCACCCUGGGGCUCCCCACCGGGAGCACCCCGCUUGGCUGCUACAAGAAGCUGAUUGAGUACUAUAAGAAUGGAGACCUGUCCUUCAAAUAUGUGAAGACUUUCAACAUGGAUGAGUAUGUGGGCCUUCCUCGAGACCACCCGGAGAGCUACCACUCCUUCAUGUGGAACAACUUCUUCAAGCACAUUGACAUCCACCCAGAAAACACCCACAUUCUAGACGGGAACGCAGCUGACCUGCAGGCCGAGUGUGACGCCUUUGAAGAGAAGAUCAAGGCUGCGGGUGGGAUUGAGCUGUUUGUUGGAGGCAUUGGCCCUGAUGGACACAUUGCCUUCAAUGAACCGGGCUCCAGUCUGGUGUCCAGGACCCGUGUGAAGACGCUGGCUAUGGACACCAUCCUCGCCAACGCUAGGUUCUUUGAUGGAGAUCUCACCAAGGUGCCCACCAUGGCCCUGACAGUAGGCGUGGGCACUGUCAUGGAUGCUAGAGAGGUGAUGAUCCUCAUCACAGGUGCUCACAAGGCCUUUGCUCUGUACAAGGCCAUUGAGGAGGGGGUGAACCACAUGUGGACCGUGUCUGCCUUCCAGCAGCAUCCCCGCACGGUGUUUGUGUGCGACGAGGAUGCCACCCUGGAGUUGAAAGUGAAGACCGUCAAGUAUUUCAAAGGUUUAAUGCUUGUUCAUAACAAGUUGGUGGACCCCUUGUACAGUAUCAAAGAGAAAGAAACAGAGAAAAGCCAGUCUUCUAAGAAACCAUACAGUGAUUAGCCUGUGCUAAUCCUAGUGUCAAGUACCUCAUUGGGACAGGCGGGUCUUUCUGGAAAUUGUCUUUGGGAGGACAGAAUUAUAUUUCUUUAAUCUAGUAUGGUUACUCCAGAUAAGUGGGUGAACUUACUGUUCUUAGCUCUGCAGUGUGGAGUCCAGUCCUGGAGUUUAGCUACUUGUUUGUAACUUACUCUUAAUCAGAAAAAAAGAAAAAAAAUCACUCCAUAAUUUUGAUGUCGCCCCACCGACUAGGGGUUUUCAGCUUUUUAUCCUGCCUCUGACACUGUUCACAUGUGCAGUACUCUCCUGUUAGGACUUUCUAUCAUUCUGGGCACUGUCAGCUGAGAGGGAGUUAGGAGCUUAUGUACAUUGGACAAAACCUCUUUGGAGAAUCUUAAGAGCCCCCCUGAAGCAGGCUUGUCCCUUAUUUGAAAAUCACUGUUCCCGAUUGAGGAACGAACACUCUCAAUGUCUAACAUCAGUGUAGGGAAGCCGUCCCUCUGGUCAGUAACAAGCGCUGUGGGAAGGAAACUGUCCCUUACUUUCUUUCCCCAGUUGUUUUUUCCUGCUGUCUCAUUUGGCCUUUCCAUGAACUCAGAGGACUCCUUGGGUGGGUGGAGCUAAAGAGAAGCUUUUGCUGAUAAAACCCAGAGCCUCAAAGGGCCCAGCCAGGUCAAACUCCCCUCCCUCAGGGGCCCUCCAGCACCGGGAGGGAGGCGGAAACCUUUUUCCCACCAGAGCCCUGUGUUUUGUUCCAAGGUCUCAGUGUGGCGCCUCUGACAUACUCACUCAUACGUAGGCAGUCCACUGGGGCAACAGACACCGCCAGGAUUCACUGUUGUGUUCAACGAGGUUAUGGGGCCAGGGCAAGCAGCUCGAUGAUUAGUUUAGAAACAACACACAAAUCACAAGUUCUCCUGUGUCCCUGAGAGUUGAGUGCCAAAAACAUACCAACUGCUUCUGAGGCCGCUUACUAUCCUUUCCCCACUUAAAAUACCCUGCCCUCCUUACCCUCCCGGGUUCACGUGGCAAGGUCUGAUGUUCCCUAGACAUCAGGAAAUACACUGCUUUUGCCCUUUUAUUGGCCCCUCACCCUUUGUUCACAAAAUGAGUUUAUUGCUCUGCCUUCCUUUUACUCUUAUGCCUGGAUGGUGUGGAUGCUGCCUCCUCCUUCCUAUUUUUUGUGCCUGUUCGAAGCUGCUGCUGCUUCUAUUUCUAGGAAAGACCUUUCAGAGCCUGGCUUAGGCCUCUCUGUAAGUGCUGUGUCUGGUACCAGCGUUUCAUCUUUAGCUUUUAUACGUGAUUGUGCUAUCAUGCUGUUUUAAGCUAAUGGAUCAGUGGACUUGUUUACAAUGUGAUAUUUUCUAUUAAAUCCAGUAUUUUCAAGUAAAA